GCCUCGAUGGAUACAAGAUAUCUAACCUAGUAGGCUAGCUUCGCUAACUUUGUUGGUUUGGUGCCGAAUUAAGGUAACUAAGCUAAACAUUUGCUUACCCGGGCAAGACUCCCCAAAAACCGUAUAUUUUAGAACAGUUAAUAAAUACGACUUGGAUGACACCUUUAAUACAGUAUUAACGGAAACAUGGAAAUGAAAGGUUGGAUGGGAACAGCCGACCUGGAGCCAUAUUGUAAUGCACAGUGAAAUUCAACCCUUCAAGACUGGUUAAAUUGGUUACCUUUCAGUGUCUGCAUGGAAUUAGCAUCAGUAAUAGCAUGAGAUAUAAGGCUUUCUCAGUACUUGGUUAACUGGUGAAAGCUGAAGGGAAGUCGGCACUUCUUUUGGAGGGGGGUAUGCUGACGAUGUCACGUGUUCCCACCCCCCCUCCCCCGGGGGAGAUGUCCAGUGGGCCCGUGGCAGAGAGCUGGUGUUAUACACAGGUGAAAGUAGUGAAAUUUUCCUACAUGUGGACCAUAAACAACUUCAGCUUUUGUAGAGAAGAGAUGGGCGAGGUUCUGAAAAGUUCCACUUUCUCAUCAGGCCCCAAUGAUAAAAUGAAAUGGUGCCUGCGUGUAAAUCCAAAGGGGCUCGAUGACGAGAGUAAAGAUUAUCUGUCGUUGUAUUUACUGCUUGUUAGUUGUCCAAAAAGUGAAGUUCGAGCAAAGUUCAAAUUUUCCUUACUGAAUGCCAAAAGAGAGGAGACCAAAGCAAUGGAAAGCCAAAGAGCCUAUCGAUUCGUCCAAGGGAAAGAUUGGGGCUUCAAGAAAUUUAUUAGGAGAGAUUUUCUGCUUGACGAAGCAAACGGACUGCUGCCGGAUGACAAGCUCACUCUAUUCUGUGAGGUUAGCGUGGUCCUGGAUUCUGUGAACAUCUCUGGUCAGUCCAACAUGAACAUGCUGAAGGUUCCGGAAUGCCAGCUGUCAGACGACCUUGGGAGCCUCUGGGAGUGUUCACGUUUCACUGACUGUAGUCUGUAUGUCGGGGGACAGGAGUUCAAAGCUCACAAAUCCAUCCUGGCAGCAAGGUCCCCAGUCUUCAAUGCUAUGUUUGAACACGAAAUGGAAGAAAGUAAAAAGAACCGGGUGGACAUAAGCGAUGUUGAACCCGACGUCUUCAAAGAGAUGAUGGGCUUCAUUUACACGGGAAAAGCACCAAAUCUGGAGAAAAUGGCCGACAGUUUGUUAGCAGCAGCUGAUAAAUACGCUUUAGAGCGUUUAAAGGUUAUGUGUGAAGAGGCUCUGUGUAACAGUCUCUCUGUGGAAAACGUGGCCGACACCCUCAUCCUGGCAGACUUGCACAGCGCUGAGCAGCUUAAAGCACAAGCCAUAGAUUUUAUCAAUAGGUGCAGUGUCCUCAGACAGCUGGGCUGUAAAGAUGGAAAAAACUGGAAUAGCAAUCAUGCGACAGAUAUAAUGGAGACUGCCGGCUGGAAGUCAAUGAUCCAGUCACAUCCUCACUUAGUGGCAGAGGCUUUCCGUGCGCUGGCAUCGGCGCAGUGCCCGCCCUUUGGCCUGCCCAGGAAACGCCUUAAGCAGUCCUGACUCGUGGCUGCUCUAAAGGACAUGUCCUGGGGACUAGGCAAACACAGGGGAUGACUGAAAAAAAAAAAAAGUCCAUUAAUGUUUCUUCCACCCUCUUACUAAAAAAAAAAAAAGCAAGCGAGUGAGAGAUGUGACAUUCUCAUCCGGACAUGGGGGCGGGGGGAGGGGGGGGGGGGCGGGGGAUGCAGCUCGGCAACUGAAGAUGACACAGCAGUAACUGUCGUCGCCACCUUUACAACGAGAUGGUUUUUGGUCCUCAAGCUUUAUUUGCUAACUCUCUGUCAUUUCAAAAUGGCCUUAAACUAUCUGCCAGUGCUCUGGAGCAACUCUAGAGUGUGUUAUUUCUCAACUUUAUCCUGUGCCUGCCUUGUCACAAACGACCAGGCUUUUCUCCCUGUUGCACUAGUUCCCAAAGUGUAGUCAUUUUGAUAUGGAGCUGUUUAAGAAUGUGUUAGGAGAGGGGAAGGGUUGAUUGAUGGGGGAAAUGUUAUAUAUUCCUGAUGUUUAGCUCAUUUGGUGACUAGACAUGAAAAUAAGCAUCAACACUUUGAGCGUGAGGUCAUUUCUUUACACUUUUUGAAAGUUAAAUAUGCCCCAUAUUGAUGGCACUAUUUCUAUGUUAAGGCAAAGUAAACAAACAAACAAAAAAAAAACUAUAUUGGAAAAUACAGGUAUAAAGACAUACUAGUACUAUUGCAUAUUGUGAAAGUUAUAUGCAUAUGAGAUGUUUGCAAUGCUGUUUGUUACUAAAAGAAUAAAUGUUUUUGCCCCUAACCUUAUUCAAAUAUGGAAUAACAAAGUGUUUACUUAGAGUCCAGUAUCACAGAGGUAGUUUGACAAAUUGUCUCAACAAGUUUAAAUUCUCAUAUUUCAGGUUAGUCAGCUGCAAUUUUCUGGCCAAGAAUUAAGAUUAAUAUAGUCUUAGUGUUUCAUGUUUAACAAAAAAAAAAAAAACCUAGGACAAGGGAAAUAAUGAAUUUCAGAUUUGUGAAAGAGUUUAAAAGGUAUCCAGGUCCAUUGUUAGCAAUGAAAAGAAAAGGAAGAACUUCCACACAGGGGAAAAAAGGAUUGAAGAUUUAUUUAGACAAUCCAACCGCAAAAACACUGUUUCUUCUUAAUCAGAAAAAUGUAUAGGAUGCUAAGCAUCAAACAGUGGCAUUAUUCCUGUGUGUGUCAUAUGAAUGGAUGGAAUGAAAUUGCUGUUCAUUGUUGACAUUGUGUCAUGAACUGUGGUAUUACAGUGGUAGUGACAUACUAAUUUGGAGUGUGUACAUUGCUGGAAGUGUCAUGUUCAACUUACUUGUUCUGUAAAAGAACAUGUCUUUUUUUUUGGUGAAAAUUCUGGAAUUUUUCCAUCAGAUGUCUGCAAGAAUGCCUGGAUUAACUCAUUAAAAAUAAAAGUUUUUCAGCAA